UGCGAGGUGCUUCUAGUUUGUAAACAAUCCUAAGGACGGAAAAUUUCAUCAGUUUUUCCCGAUUUUCAUUCGGUUCGCUAUGUCGGAGCCUAAAAAAAAGAGCAAAAAAUCGAAAGAGGAAAUAGCCAAAGAGUUCGAUCUGCCCGAGCGCAAGAGUAAGAUAGCAACCAUUCUCAAGCAGGAUGGCCAAGCGUAUUGCAUUUGCAGGUCGUCGGAUUCCUCUCGGUUUAUGAUCGGUUGCGAUGCCUGCGAAGAAUGGUACCAUGGGGAUUGUAUCAACGUAUCGGAAAAGGAAGCCAAACACAUCAAGCAAUACUACUGCCAGCGUUGUAAAGAGGAAGAUCCUUCACUGCAAACCGUGUUCCGAUUGGUACCGGCACAAGUUGCUCCGCCCAAUCCGGAAGAGAAGAAAAAGAAACAGAAGGAGAAAGGCGCGAGUAAAUCCGAUAAGCGAUGCGGUCAGUGUGAAGGUUGCAAAACUCCCAGCUGCGGUCAUUGCGAUGCUUGUCUGGGGUAUCAGGAUGGGGGACGGAAACAACGCUGUGAGAUGCGGAUGUGUACCAAUACGGUCAGCAGGAAGAAGGAUCGGGAACUGAAGACCGCGUCAAGGACGAAAAAGAGGAAGCGAUCACUCAGUCCGGAAGUGCUCGUCAAUCCUGCACUUGAAGGCGAUCGCCAGUGUUACGGUCCGGGAUGUUUUAUGACAGCGCGAUCGCAAUCCAAGUUCUGUUCAGACACAUGUGGAAUGAAACUAGCGACCACCAGAAUCUAUCAGGUGCUUCCACAGCGGAUCCAAGAAUGGUCACUGAGCCCGGCAAUAUGUGAGGAGCAAAACAAGAAAGCUUUGGAAGCAAUCCGUACCAAACAGACGAUCGUGAGAGCUACCCUGGCCGAGUUGGAUAAACGACAUGCAGAGUUGGAUCUGUUGGUGGAUCGCGCCAAAAGAUGUACACUCGAUCCGGAUGCCUUGGACAGCAACGACGUGGAGGAUGAAAUGUCCAUGUAUUGCAUUACUUGUGGGCAUGAGAUCCAUUCCAAAACUGCGAUAAGGCACAUGGAAAAAUGUUUCAACAAAUACGAAAGUCAGGCCAGCUUCGGCAGUAUCUUCAAAACUAGAAUCGAGGGGAAUUCGAUGUUUUGCGAUUUCUUCAACCCCGCCAGUCAAACAUACUGCAAACGGUUAAGGGUCCUCUGUCCGGAACACUGUAAAGAUCCGAAGAUCAACGACACGGAUGUGUGCGGGUGUCCUCUUGUGAGGAACGUUUUUCAGCUGACGGGAGAGUUCUGCCGGGCUCCGAAGAAAUCGUGCUUCAAGCACUACGUGUGGGAAAAGAUACGCCGGGCGGAAAUUGACUUGGAACGCGUACGUCAAUGGCUCAAAAUGGACGAACUAGUCGAACAGGAGCGUCAGGUUCGCCAGGCCAUGGCAUCCCGUGCCGGUGUGCUGGGAUUGAUGCUUCAUUCGACCUACAACCACGAGAUUAUGGAAAAACUCUGCAGCGGAAAGCUUUAAUGAAAUGUCUUAACAGAAAACUUUCUUUCAUUUUCAUCUCAUCUUAAAAAUUCUGUUUUCAAUAUUUUUCCAAAUAUACACCCCUAUUCCCGUUUUCGAUCGAAACAUUCAUUCCAUAUUUAAAAAAAAAAAGCAUUUGUUUGGAAAAUGAAUCGAUUUA